AUGCAGAAGGGGAGGCAGAAAGUGCCACAUUUGGAUGCCCCCCUGGGCUUGCCCACCUGCCUCUGGCUGGAAUUAGCUGGACUCUUCUUACUGGUUCCCUGGGUCAUGGGCCUGCCAAGGACCGGUGGGCCUGAGACCCCGAGCCCAGGGGGGCUGAGUUGGGCUGUGCAUCUGGACAACCUGGAAGGAAAGGGGCAGGAGGAGACCGCGGAGCAAAAGGCAGACGCCUUGGCCCGGGCAGCAGGACUGGUGAAUGCUGGGCGCAUCGGGGAGCUCCAGGGGCACUACCUCUUUGUCCACCCAGCUGGGCACCAGUCAGACAAGCAGGCAGAGGCCAUCCGGCAGCAGGCAGAGGCUGUGUUAGCCAGACAUGAAGCUGUGCACUGGCACUCAGAGCAGAAACUGCUAAAGCGAGCCAAGCGCAGCGUCCACUUCAAUGACCCCAAAUACCCACAGCAGUGGCACCUGAAUAACCGGCGGAGCCCCGGCAGGGACAUCAAUGUGACAGGUGUGUGGGAACGCAACGUGACGGGGCGAGGGGUGACUGUGGUGGUCGUGGAUGACGGAGUGGAACACACCAUCCAGGAUAUUGCACCCAACUAUAGCCCUGAGGGCAGCUAUGACCUCAACUCUAAUGACCCUGACCCCAUGCCCCACCCGGAUGCGGAGAAUGGCAACCAUCAUGGCACUCGAUGUGCGGGAGAGAUUGCUGCGGUGCCUAACAACAGCUUCUGCGCAGUGGGAGUGGCAUAUGGGAGUCGCAUAGCAGGUAUCCGGUUACUAGAUGGACCCCUGACAGACAGCAUGGAGGCUGUGGCGUUCAACAAGCACUAUCAGAUCAAUGACAUCUACAGUUGCAGCUGGGGCCCAGAUGAUGAUGGGAAGACAGUGGAUGGCCCUCAUCAGCUUGGCAAGGCAGCCUUGCAGCACGGGGUGAUGGCUGGCCGCCAGGGCUUCGGGAGCAUCUUUGUGGUGGCGAGUGGCAAUGGGGGCCAGCACAACGACAACUGCAACUAUGACGGCUACGCCAACUCCAUCUACACGGUCACCAUAGGUGCCGUGGAUGAGGAUGGACGGAUGCCGUUCUACGCAGAGGAGUGUGCGUCCAUGCUGGCGGUCACCUUCAGCGGCGGGGACAAGAUGCUCAGGAGCAUUGUGACCACUGACUGGGACCUUCAGAAGGGCACAGGCUGCACUGAGGGCCACACGGGUACCUCAGCUGCAGCCCCCCUGGCAGCCGGCAUGAUAGCCCUCAUGCUGCAGGUGCGGCCCUGCCUUACCUGGCGUGAUGUCCAGCACAUCAUUGUCUUCACAGCCACUCAGUACGAGGAUCGCCAUGCAGACUGGAUCACCAAUGAGGCAGGCUUCAGCCAUAGCCACCAGCACGGAUUCGGCCUGCUCAAGGCUUGGAGACUCGUUAACGCAGCCAAGAUCUGGACAUCUGUCCCUUACUUAGCUUCCUACGUCAGCCCUGUGUUAAAAGAGAACAAGGCUAUCCCACUGUCCCCCCACUCCCUGGAGGUACUGUGGAAUGUCAGCAGGAUGGACCUGGCGGUGUCGGGGCUGCAGACCUUGGAGCACGUGGCAGUGACGGUCUCCAUCACUCACCCGCGGCGGGGCAGCUUGGAGCUGCGGCUCUUUUGCCCGAGCGGCAUGAUGUCCCUCAUCGGCGCGCCCCGCAGCAUGGACUCGGACCCCAGCGGCUUUGUGGACUGGACCUUCUCCACCGUGCGCUGCUGGGGGGAGAGGGCGCGAGGGUCCUACAGACUCGUGGUCAGGGAUGUAGGAGAUGAGACGCUCCCGGCCGGCACCCUCCGCCAGUGGCGGCUGACCCUGUAUGGCUCUGCGUGGAGUCCGGGGGACAUCAGAGACAGACAGAGACUCUUAGAAGACGCCAUGAGUGGAAAGUACCUGCAUGACGGCUUCUCUCUGCCCUGCCCUCCUGGGCUCAAAAUUCCUGAGGAAGUCGCUUACCCCAUCACCCCGAACACCCUCAAGACGCUGGUGCUGGUCGGCUGUUUCGCCACCUUCUGGACUGUGUACUACGUGCUGGAAGUCUACUUGAGCCAGAGGGAUGUGGCCUCUCCCCCGGUUUGUCAGAGACCCUGCCGCUGGCUCCCAAGAAGCCGAAAAGCCGGGGAGGAGGGAGCAGAUCUGGAGUCGGUACCACUUUGCAGCAGCAAGGACCCCGUGGGAGUGGAGGCCGAGGCCGCGGCUGCCCCGCCUCCUGGCCUGCAGGGCAGGGAGGAGCAGGUGUGCUGA